GGUGGGAGAGCGGAGGGCGGGCCUGGGAGGCGGGGCCCCGCCGGGGGCCGGCGCGCGCGGGCUUCAUCUGCGGACGCGCGGCCUGCGCCCAAGUGCUGGGGACUCCCGAGGUGCAGGGCGACUAGCGGACGGAGCGGCUAUGGGCCGCUGCUGGGGCUUUCUGAUCGGCCUUCUGGGCUCCGUGUGGCUGCUCGGCUCGGGCCACAGCGGGCAGCAGCCCCCGGAGACAGCAGCGCAGCGGUGCUUCUGCCAGGUUAGUGGUUAUUUGGAUGACUGUACCUGUGAUGUUGAAACCAUUGAUAGAUUUAAUAACUACAGGCUAUUCCCAAGACUACAAGAACUUCUUGAAAGCAACUACUUUAGAUAUUACAAGGUAAACCUAAAGAGACCCUGUCCUUUCUGGAAUGAUAUCAGCCAGUGCGGAAGAAGAGACUGUGCGGUCAAACCUUGUCAGUCGGAUGAAAUUCCUGAUGGAAUUAAAUCUGCGAGCUACAAGUAUUCUGAAGAAGCUAAUAAUCUCCUUGAAGAAUGUGAACAAGCUGAACGACUUGGAGCUGUGGAUGAAUCUCUGAGUGAGGAAACGCAGAAGGCUGUUCUUCAGUGGACCAAACAUGAUGACUCCUCAGACAACUUCUGUGAAGCUGAUGACAUACAGUCUCCUGAUGCUGAAUAUGUAGAUUUGCUUCUUAAUCCUGAGCGCUACACGGGUUACAAGGGACCAGAUGCUUGGAAGAUAUGGAAUGUAAUCUAUGAAGAAAACUGUUUUAAGCCACAGACAAUUAAAAGACCUUUAAAUCCUUUGGCUUCUGGCCAAGGGAAAAGUGAAGAGAACACUUUUUACAGUUGGCUAGAAGGCCUCUGUGUGGAAAAAAGAGCAUUCUAUAGACUUAUAUCUGGCCUCCAUGCAAGCAUUAAUGUACAUUUGAGUGCACGAUAUCUUCUACAAGACACCUGGUUGGAAAAGAAAUGGGGACACAACAUUACAGAAUUUCAACAGCGGUUUGAUGGAGUUUUGACUGAAGGAGAAGGUCCAAGGAGGCUUAAGAACUUGUAUUUUCUCUACUUAAUAGAAUUAAGGGCUUUAUCUAAAGUGGUACCAUUCUUUGAGCGCCCAGAUUUUCAGCUCUUCACUGGAAAUAAAGUUCAGGAUGCAGAAAACAAAAUGUUGCUUCUGGAAAUACUUCAUGAAAUCAAGUCAUUUCCUUUGCAUUUUGAUGAGAAUUCAUUUUUUGCUGGGGAUAAAAAAGAAGCAAACAAACUAAAGGAGGAAUUUCGGCUGCAUUUUAGAAAUAUAUCAAGAAUUAUGGAUUGUGUUGGUUGUCUUAAGUGUCGACUGUGGGGAAAGCUUCAGAUUCAGGGUUUGGGUACUGCUCUGAAGAUUUUGUUUUCUGAGAAACUGAUAGCAAAUAUUCCAGAAAGUGGGCCCAGUUAUGAAUUCCAUCUAACCAGACAAGAAAUAGUAUCAUUAUUUAAUGCAUUUGGAAGAAUUUCUACAAGUGUGAAAGAAUUAGAAAACUUCAGGAACUUGUUACAAAAUAUUCAUUAAAGAAAAUGAGUUGAAAUGUGCCUGUUUGUGGACAGUGGAGGCCAAAGAGUGGAUGCUCAUUCAAAGGCAUAAUAGCAAUGACAGUUUUAAGCCAAACAUUUUUAUAAAGCUGCUUUUGUAAAAGGAGAAUUAUAUUGUUUUAUGUAAACUUUUUUUCAAUUGUGUUGAGUCUAUGUAUAUUAUUAUUGUGAGAAAAAGUGAUACUUUGAUGAUGACGUACAAGUUUUAAAUAAUACCGAAAAAAUACAGAUCAUCAAAUUCACAUAUGGUAAAACUAAGUAAAUAAUGUUUUAAGUCUCUCAAACUAGUCUUUUGCAUAAGAAUAUGUAAUAUAAAUAAAACUGUGGCCAGUGUGGCAAGCAUUUAAUAGGAAAAUGCUAUGGAGGCUCAUGAAUAACCCAUAACUCAACCACCUACAAUUUUUAACUAUAUUUAGGGUUACCAGAUUUAGUGAAUAAAAAUAUAGCAUGUCCAGUUAAAUUCGAAUUUCAAAUAAACAACAAGUAGUUUUUCAGUGUAAGUAUGCUGCAUGCAAUAUUAGAACACACUUUUACUAAAAAAAUUGUUUAAAAUUCAAAUUUAACUGGGAGUCCUGUGUUUUAAUCUGGUAACCAUAAAAUACAUUGAUAUGAGAUAAAUGACUUUUAGAAUUAUAAUGCUUUUGAUUGCCUUGUUUUAGUGCGUAGAAAGAUACAAUUACACAAAGGCAUAAGAGAUUUCUAAACAUUGUGAAAAGUUGAUAAGAUUUAUAUAUUCUCAUAAAUACUUUACCUAAAAGUGAAUUAAAUUUGGGGGAAACUUUUUUAUGUAAUUUCAAAUUUACAGAGAAGUUUCCACGAUAGCACAAAGAACUCUUUUACCCAAAUUCACUAACUGUUUAUAUUUGCUUUAUUUUUCAUGCACUCUGUGUGUGUGUGCAUAUGUAUGUAUACAUAUAUAUAUACAUACAUAUGCACAUGUACUCUUUUUUCCUCAGUCAUUUGAAAGUCAGUUCCAGACAUCAUGUCCUUUGAACUCUAAAUACUUCAGUGUGUAAUACUGAAUCAUUUUCUAAAAGUAAUUUUUUUCAGACAAAAAUCUGUAGCAGUAAUAAGCCUUAGAAUAAGGAAUCGUUUUGAGUUCCAAUCUAAAAUUCUUUUUGAGUUUUGUUGCCCUUUUAAUGCUUGAUCUAUAUAGUCUUAGGGCAUGUAAUUUUUGGGUUUUGUACAUGAUGUUCAUUUCCUUUUUCUCCCUAAAACUAAUCUAUAAUUUUGGAAGGUUUUCAUUUGUGGAAGAUCCUCAAUAAUAAAAGUGUUUGAAAGGGUUUAGGAAUUUAAGUCACAUAGUGAACUGUAGGGAAAAAAGAAACUGUAUACCUCAAAAUCAUGUGCCCUCUUUAUAUGUCUAAGCAAUUAUACCAUGUUUGGAUGUCACAUUAUUAAUAAAGCAGGGUUUAUUUACAUAAUAGUUUAGAAAUGUCAUUUUACACUGCUGUAUACGUUUUCUGCUGUGUCCAUAAGGGCUAUAUAGUACCAAGCACAUAGUAGGUAUCCAAUAAAUAUUUGUUGAAUGGUUGUAUGAAUAUAUAUUCAGUAUACUUUAAAUGAAUGAUCACAGAGUUAAGUUCAACAAUAUGUGUCAUAUUUUCCUUUCCUGCUCAUUUGAAUAGGGCAGGAAAAACAUUAACCUACUAAUUAAGUCAAUAUUCUUGGAGACUCAAAAGCCUAUGAAGUGAACAGCAUAUAAGAAAGUUCAGGGACAUGCAUAGUACUCCGAAAAUGUGGUAGAUGGGUUUAAAUGGUAAUUUUGUCUGUAUACAUCUCUGAUGUGUUAUGCCCCUGCCCUUUUUUUAACAGUUGAUCUUUUGAAAGAAUAUUCAUAUCUUCACUUUGUUAUGUCUCCCACUUGCUCCUUAACUAAAAUCUGGCUUUUGGCUCCACAGUUCUUUAUAAUCUCUUCCUUUGAAGCCUGAAAUCCCAAUUUUAAAUCCACAGUUCUGUUCACAAGCAAUUUCUAAUUUGACUUCUUUUCUGCAUUUGACACCAUUGACAGUCCCUUCUUUAAACAUUUUUUUUCCUUUGGGUUCCUUAUGUUUCAUGCGCUCCUGGAUGCUUCCUCUUCAGCCUCUUUUCAUUCAUACCUAAAGUGUUACUCCUCAGGCUUUCAUUCUUGCUCUCUUAACCACCAACACUUCUCACUCUUCAGUAAUUCCAAUUCAGUGAUUUCCAAAUUCUUAUCUUUAGUCCAGACGUUUCAAUCCAUUUGUCUACUGCAUAUCUUUACUUGGUCCCACAGAUACCUGGUGUGUCUUAAAAAUCAUUUGCCCCUGACUCUGCACUUACACCUAUGUUCCUCAGGCUGGUUAAUUUUAGAACCAUCAUCUAAAUUCUGUAUGCUCACUCCUCUCCUCCAUCUUCCUGAUAUCCAAUUAGUGUCUCAGUACUACAGAUUUUAUCUUCAUGUCUCUGAUAGAUCACUGUCUUUCCAUUUUCAUUGCUCUCUUUCAAGUACUACACCAACCUGUUUCCUUAUACCCAGUCAAUCUCCUCUCUUUUGGUUCCACAAUGCUACUGGAGAGGGCUUUCUAGAAGCACUCUAACAAGGACCUCUGAUGUAUGUCUCCCAGUCCACUCCCCACCAUGAUCUGAAAAACAGAUUUAGGUCUUCAAAUGCACCAUGGUCAGGCCUCUACACCUUGGUGCAGGCUGUUCUUUUUGCAUCAAGUGCCCUACCCAUCUUUCCCCACCAGGAAAAUUCCUCUGUAUCCUUGUAGGACCAGUGUAAAGCAUCACCUCUGUGAAAUCUCCCUUGUUGCAUCCAAGGAGGAUCAUCUAACUUCCUCUUUUGUGUCACCACUGUAAUUACAACCUACCUCUAUCGUGUCACUUAUUGUACUGUAUUGUUUUGUUUUUUAAAGCUUCCUUUACUAGAAUGUGAGCUCCUUAAGGGCAGGAAAAGGAACUUUAUCCAUUUUUGCAUCUCCAGAGCAUUGUUUUUGGCAUAUGAAAACAAUAAAUGUUGAAUGAAUUGCU